AUUAAAAUAAGAAAUAUUUUACUAAAAAAAUAUAAUGGUUUUCGAUCAUUUAUUAUCAUUACAAAACUAGACAAUUUAUAUUCUUAAGAGGUUAAUUGAUUAAAAACUGCUUAGUUUGUUAAGAUCAAAAUUUAGAUACCCCUCAAGGGAGAUUCUGCAAAAAUUGUCAUAAAACAGCUCGCACAAAAAUUGAAGCUUUUAAGGGCUUACACACAUGUGAGCUAGAUGCCAUAUGUACAUCAUUAAAAGUACUUAACUACUAAAUUUCCUAUGAACAUUUCACUACGGGACAGGGGAUACUUCUCUCAUAUCAAUGAGUGCAUAGCGAUCAAAGUUUAAGCUGAAUUAUAAGGGGCUUGCUUUUUUAUGACGAGUCCGAACGGCAUGACGCUUAGCCACACCGCUUGGUAGAGAAGUUUUGACAUGACAGGAAACCUUAAAAAUGAAGCCAGCAUUAGUUAAGGGAUAACCACCGCUAACAAUUUUUCUUAUAUUCAUGCCGGGAUUUGAAUCCAGGCGUUCGGCGUCAUAGACCGACAUGCUAACCUAUGCGUCACGGUGGUCUCAUAAAAAAUAUUCGAGAUAUAUUUUGAAGUGGAUAGCUUUGUUCGUUCGAACGCUUUGAUGGUAUGAUUUCAACAAACGGGCAAUAAUUGCUGGAUUAUAUUGGAAUGUCAAGCGGAUAAAGAAGGUAAAAAAUGUUUAAAGAGCGAAGAUUGAUAUUUCGAGAAGUUACAAAAGGAGAUCUAUCUAAUUGUGGUCUUAAUCAUAUUGACUCGCUUACAAUCGUUGUUGUUGUUGUAGCCAGGUAGUGAUCCUCGUCAAGCUCCUAUAGGUGAGCCAGCUCGUUCCGAUCCAAAGGACCGAUCGCCGCAUGCAAUUGUUGUUGUUGUAACCACAUUUUGAUGUGGAGGUGGCGAUUCUCGUCAAGCUCCUGUAGGUGGGCAAGCUCGUUCCGGUCUAAAGGACCGAUCGCCGCGGGAACUGGUUGGUUAUUUAAAGACACCAAUAACUCGCCUUGUCAUAUCGAGCAUCGUAGGCACUCAGUAUUUGUGUAAGAGUCGGUGCCACCCCACCUCUCACUGAGACUCUCCGCUCGAUACCGCUGAUUGUCCGCGACUGCAGUUACAGCUACUCUGGAUGGAGCAUUACACUAUCCGCAACCUGUGGACGCGCCCGGUAGUUCGCAGCUAAGCUUCCCUGACCAUUGUGUUAAAAAGGGCCAAUAUUUUUCUAUGCAGAAUAGUUUAUUACGUAUUACGACUUUUUUAUUAGAAUUUCAAAGUGAAAUAACUUUUUUUUUAAAUAUUAAGAGUUGAGUAGUUGUAACCAAAAAAUCACUUAUUUAACGGUUUUAGGUUUCCUAAAGAAAUGAGGUACGCAUCUAAGUGAAAGAAAAGCCACAGAAAAUCAUAACUGAUUUUAAAAAAUGUCAGGUAUUGCAUAACGUUAAGCAUACCACCAUUACAUCCCACUGAUAUUCAUUCACCACACUAUGGAGUCAUCUUCAAACUUUACACAAGAACUCAAAGUCGGAGAUCUUUGUUAUGAUUGCCAGCAAAAGGGAAUCGAAAGCCGUUUGCGUUAUUUCCUCAUCAAUUUAAAUGAAGACACCCUGCUGAAAUGUGAAAGUGAUAGCUGUAUGUAUCCCUACAAUGAGGAUAUCUCAUCUUCUGAUGAGGAAGAGGAAGAUAAUGCGAAAUUCUUGGAAACUGAUUUCAGUUUUACACAUUAUAUAAAUUCACCGCCACCACCAGUACCAACAGCUGCAUAUAUUGCUGUUGAUGGCGAUGGGCCAUGUGAACCAAGCAUGAUUAUUAAUCAACAAAAGCAAAGCCAAAAUGAAAUGGAAGCAGCAACGGUUAUCUCGAGUUCAAAGCAAACCGUUGAACAAAAAUCUAUAGAUAUGCCCAAUAAAUCGGAGGCAACUGCAACUGAUGCUGCCAUAGCAGGGGAAAUGAAAAAAACUAAACGGUCAAACAAAAAAAUAGAGAAACCUAUUAAAAAAGAAAAGGAGAAGAAGCCUAAAAUCACAAAAGCCAAGGCCAAUGAUAAAAACACCACUAGGGCCCCAAGAAAAGGGAAAAGGAAAAUCGAAGAAGACUUUGAAACAAAAUCUAAGGCGGAGAUCAUUACCUUAUGUGGUAGCUCUGCAGCAUUAUUUCAGUUUAAAACUAAAGCUUCUUGCCAGAAAGCAGCUGCUACAGCAUUAGAAGCUGAGUCUAACUCCUCUGCUGCCUCAAUAUUGCAAUAUAAGCCUAAACCUGCUGGCAAUGACAAUUUGGCAAUGACCACAACUGAAAGGGGUGCUCUGGUUCAAUCACUUCAGAAUGAACUGGAAAAUUUAACAUUCCCAGCAGCUUCAAAUUCCAUACUCACUUCUAUGCGAGGAAGUGUCAGUGGCUUUCAGCCAAACUCUAGCAGGGAAAUUAUACCAAAGGCCGACUUAACUUCAAUUUCCUCAAUUGAAGAAAUUCCCAAAGCCAGCCUUAUAUCCAGCAAACCAAAAGUUGUAUUAAAACCCAAAGCAAAAUCUAAAAAGCAUGGAGCUAUAAAACGAGAAGAACCCUCUGCCUCCGAAGAUGAAAGACAUACAGCCUCUGAUAGCACUGUCUAGGCAAAUCUUUGAGUUUCAAGCAACAAUGUUUUGCAUGUCAAAAAGGGAGAUUUUUUAAAUUGUUUUACAAACCUAUUAUCAUAUUUAUUGCUAAAUAUUAUGAAAUAAUUCCUAUAGCUAUCAAUUGAUAUGUUAAAUACAAGCACAUAUAAUUUUAAUAUACUUAUAUGAAUUUGCCGCCAUUGUUUAAUUUAUUUCACAAUCAACAACGAAUUUUUUACUUCAUUUUAUUAUUGACAGAAAAUGAGGCAGAUAAUCGUCAUGUAUAGGAGAACAGCAGUUUACAUCAAGUAAACAGAAAAUCAGAAGACAAUUUAACGUCACUUGAAUAUGAUGACAAGUACAAAAUAGAAAAGUGAAAGGGAUUCAAAUUGUACACACAUUGUAUGAAUCCCUUCCCUCCCUUAGAAGCUAGUUUUAACACGUUCUGAUUCUAAGGCAGCGAAAUAUCAGAUAAAAGAGAAAGGUGUGAAUCUAUUGAGUUAAUAUCGAUUAGACAAUAACUUGCACUACUUUGUCAAUGAGCUAAUAAUUUGUAAGAAAUUUUUCCAAUAGACUGAAGGCCAACCCCCUAAUUAGGUCGAUUAGGUAUACGAAUGUAAAAAUAUUGUUUUGUAAGAUUAAAAAAGUCAUUCAAGGUGAAAUAUUUUCUUUGCAUGUUGUCUAAGGCUUAAUUUGUAUAAUAUUUGAAACUGGCCGAACCGGGCCCGCUCCGCUAGGCCUUCUUUAACUCUCUUAUAUCUUUUUAGGGUGGGGACACUUCGUCCUUUAGGGCGUACCACAAAACACUUGGCUCCAAAAUUGGAUAUCAAAUUCGUUUUCUACUCUCAAAUACCUUUCAUUUGAGUCCCAUAUUGUCAUAAUGGGUCAAAUA